AUGAGCAGAUUGGGCAAAGGACGAAGGGAUAGGUGCGCAUCAAGCGAUAGUUCUGCCGGACACUCUCGCCAACCAUGUCACCAUGUGCAAGCGCAGUCAUCAUCAGCAUCAGCAGGCAACCCCAAAGCCCGAGAUGCGAAGCCAAGGAAAGUCGAAGCUUAUGUCGCCGCGCUGACAAGGGAGAUGGAGCCUUUGCUGAGUCGGCAGGAAACCGAGGCUUUGGCACGGUUCCUGUACAACUUCGUGCAGCUGAAGAGCCAGAAGAAGCUCCUACCGCUGCAGCCCAUGCUGGGCAUGGCUUACAGGACUCUUUUACCGGCUUUGCCAGCUGAUGCUUUGGCCUCCACGGGACUUGCGAUGGUCUACUCCGGGCUGCGUGAAGGAUCUGCCUGGCAG